UCUAUGCCAUUGAACCAAGUGGUCUGGCAUCAUUAGCUCAAAGAGUUACCAAGGAGAAUGGUCUGGAUUCGAUCAUCACAGUUCUACACAGCCAGCCUGAGACUGCUGAGGUUCCAGUCAAGGUGGAUGCAAUCAUUUGUGCCUGGAUGGGCUACAACUUAUUGUGUGAAUCCAGUCUUCCAUCUCUGCUGACUGCUAGAGACCGCUUCCUGAAACAGGAUGGAGUGAUGUACCCUUGUGCAGCUGACCUUUACCUGGCACCUUUCACUGACAAUCAUUUUCAGGAGAAAUGGGACACUUGGAAACAGAUGAAGCAGAUAUACGGAGUGUCCAUGGAGAGUAUGGUUGCUGCAGCUGAAGGUUCUUUGACAGUCCAGACUGAAAGACUACAGCUAGAGGUUGAAUCAGUGUUGGCCAAUGCCUGCCAGGUGUGUCACUUUGACAUGAAAAGCAUAACAUUGCAGGAUGCAGAAAUGAUUAAGGCAGAUUUCAACUUCAGAUGUUACAGCCAUAACAUUAUGCAUGGAUUUGCCACGUGGUUCACUGUAUCUUUCCCUGGCAGUGUUGUUCUUGAUACCUCCCCGUACGCUCUGAAGACUCACUGGGGUCAGACAGGGAUGUACCUGAAAACUCCCAUCACUGUGAAGCAGGGUUCAGAAAUAAGAGGAGUCUUCAAGAUGUAUCCAUCAGGCGAGGACCGCAAGUGUUGGAACAUUGAGAUAGAGUUCCAGCUCAAUCGGGACAAAAAGUACACUCAGCAUUGGCAGUGCUCUUAG